GAAGAUGUCAAACCUCUUGAAAAAACUGCUAAUAGAUGGGUUCCAAAAUCUCAAAGUAAAGCCAAGGAAGUUAAAUAUGCUCCUGAUGGUGAAACCGUCAUCUAUGAUAAUGAAGAUUUGGAAAAGAAGAUUAGAUCUUUGUUAAACAAAUUGUCUCUAGAAUUGUUCGAUGAUAUCACUGAUGAGCUGAUAACUCUUGCCAAUCAAUCCAAAUGGGAAACUGAUGCUAAUGCACUUAAGAUGACAGUCAGACUUACUUUUGCGAAGGCAACAGAUGAACCUCAUUGGUCUUCUAUGUAUGCUAAAUUCUGCCAAAAGUUGGUUUCAACCGUGGAUAAAAGUAUUUACUCAGAAGAUUACCCAAUACCUAAUGCCACUUCCGAAAACCAGUAUUACACAGGUACCAAUUUGGCAUACCGUCUACUUGUUACAAGAUGUCAGUCUGAAUAUGAAAAGGGUUGGUCUACUGAUUUACCUGUUAACGAAGAUGGUUCUCCAAUCGAACCAGAAUUAAUGUCCGAUGAAUAUUACGCAUUAGCAGCUCAAAAGAGAAGAGGUUUAGGUCUCGUUAGAUUCAUUGGUGAAUUGUACAGACUCAACUUGAUCAAAUUCAGAGUUAUUGUUGGUUGUAUAAGGAUACUUACAACCGAGCCUGAAAAGGAAGACAAACCUAAGGCUGCCAAGUCCAAUGGGCCUUACUUGCCACAAGAAGAUACGUUGGAAACCCUUAAUCAAUUCAUGCUUACGGUCGGUCAACCAUUGGAGGAGGAUGUUCCAUCAUGUGUUGAAUAUGCAUUCCAGUGUAUCAAGAGUUAUAUUGACAACCCUGCUAUUGGAUCACGUAUUAAGUAUAAAUUCUUAGAUUUGAUUGAUCUCAGAAAGGCUAGAUGGAUGAAUGCAGACUCCAAACUGGCAGGACCUAAGACAAUUUCUCAGAUCCAUGCUGAAUUCAACAAAAAGCAAGUU